UUUGUAUAAUUAAUUUUAGAUUUAUUAAAAAAUAUGUUUUUGUUUUUAUCUGAAAGCUGAUUGAAGCAAAUCAAUAAAUUAUUAAAAAUAAAAUAAAAUAUUUUAAUUUGAAGAAUUUGGAGAUUAUUACAUUGGCGACGAGGUAAAAAUGACCUUAUGUAAUUGUACAUAUGAAAAAUAUAAGAGGUGGUGAUUCAAUUCGCCCAAAUUUGUUAAAAAAAAAAAAAAAAUUGUACAAAGAUAAAAAAUAAUUAAAUAAUAUUCCCUACAGAAAGAGGAUAACGAAGUUUGAAGCGUUCCUUGUAAAAAAGUUUAUACAAGAGUAAAAAAAGAAUUGGGAAGUUCCUUGUAAAAAAGGUGAUACAAGAGGAAAUAAGAUUUGGGCUUAAAAAUAUAUAAGAGUAUAUAUAUAUUGCUUAUUAAUAAAAAAGCUAAAGAAAUAAAAGAAGGAAAGAAAUUAAAUUAACAAAUAAUAAAAAAUGGGAGAAACGGGUAUAAAGCCAUUCCUUUGCGACACGAUUGACAAGUCUUUAGUUCGCAUUGAAUGGGAAAAAUGGUUUAGGUCUUUCUCUUUGUACCUAGAAUCGGAAGAAAUAAAGAACGUCAACAAAAAGAAAAACAAACUUCUUCAUCUAGGAGGACCACAACUGCAAGAGGUAAUUUAUAACAUUCCUGGUGCGCUUGAUUGUCCAACUGGUGGAGACGUGUUUGGCGUUUUGGUGUCGAAAUUGAACGAAUAUUUUUCGCCAAGAAGAAAUUCUACUUUUGAACGGCAUUUAUUUAGAACAAUUAAACCAGAAGAAGGUGAAAGCCUAAACAAAUUUUUAAUUAGAAUUAGACAUCAAGCCGCCAAAUGCUCAUUCGGUGCGACAAAGCAGGAGAUAUUAGAUAUAAAUGUUAAGGAUAAACUCAUCGAUGUGUGGGCUCCUGGUGAACUAAGAAAACGACUACUUGAAAAAGAAUAUUCACUGGAUAACAUUGUUGAGAUGUGUCAAAUUCAUGAACAAAUUAAAUUCCAGACCGAAAUUAUGAUUCCUUCAACUUCAGCUAGUGCUAUAAAUAAGAUUUCUUCUACAAUUGACAAAAAUAGCGAAAAGAAAAGAGAGUGUUUUAGAUGUGGUAGAACAGAUCAUUUAGCGGAUAGCAAAAAUUGCCCAGCAAAGAACUCGAAAUGCAAUAGAUGUGGGGCUCUAGGUCAUUUUGCCAGGAAAUGUCAAACGAAAAUAGAAAAAAGAAAGAAUACUUUUGUAGAAAACUCAACCUUUAAGCGCCGCCGAUUUGAACCAUCAAAAAUUAGAUUUGUAGAAGAAAACUUGAAUUGCAAAGACCUUAAUGAACAAAAAUCCUUACACUCCGAUUGUUUCCAAGUCACAAACAAGGAACAUGAAGAUAUGAGUGAAUUCAUUGAUUGCUUUAUAGGUGGUGUAAAGAUAUCCAUGCUCAUUGAUUCAGGGUCAAGAUAUAAUUUGAUUGGGGAAUCAGAUUGGAAGGUUCUUUGUCAAACAGCAAUUAUACUGGGAAACGUGCGAACGGAAACUGAAAAUCAAUUUCGAACAUACGCUGGAAAUACAAACUUGCAAGUUAAAUUUGUAUUUGAGGCUCCUAUACAUGUGAGUAACCAAAAAGAACUUAUUGCAUCCUUUUAUGUAAUCGCAAAUGGAAGACAAUCUUUGCUUGGUCGUGAAACUGCUCUACGAUUGCAAGUUCUAAAAUUAGGACUAACAAUUAAUCAACUUGAAGAUUCACAACCGUUUCCGAAAAUUAAAGACAUUAAAGUUCAUUUAUCUAUUGACAAAUCGGUUAAACCAGUACAACAACCUUUACGCCGUAUACCAUCAGCAUUAGAAGAAAAAGUUGAGUUAAAAUUAAAUGAGGCGGCUAGGCAAGAUAUAAUUGAACCUGUAAAUGGACCAAGUUCUUGGAUAUCACCCAUUGUGAUUGUUUCUAAGCAAUGUGGGGAUAUUCGAUUAUGCAUUGAUAUGCGAAGAGCAAACACUGCCAUUUUAAGAGAAAACUUCCCACUACCAACUUUUGAUUCAUUUUUGACUAAGUUAAAAGGUGCUAAGUAUUUUUCCAGACUGGAUUUAAAAAAUGCCUAUCAUCAGUUAGAAUUAGAUGAAGAUAGUCGUGAUGACAUUAUCAUAUUUGGAUGA